AUCAGCACCUUGACGGUCUUGAUCUGCGUAGCCGAAAUCACCCACCAUUCGCUUGAGGUCGAGUUUGGGUCCUGUGGUCUACAGUUGUGCCAACACCAAAAAGUUAUUUCCUCCCGGGCUGGACUCGAUUUAAGUCUCAAAAAUCAAUCAAAAAGAAAACUAGCAACACUCCCAUUACCGGGCUCAUCCAACAAGGGCAGCGCCUUCAAUCAGCUUUGCAAUUCUUCGUCUCGCAAAACGAGCACACCAUUUCUUUGACUCUUCGUCACCUCCGCAAUUCUGCCGAGGCGAACAACCCGCGCGAUUUCGUUCUCGAUCCGGUCAGACGCGACCGACAUCCGUCGUCAACCCCCAUCAUCACAACAGAUCCGACAGCAUGUACUCACAACAUGCCGCUGCGGGCAUGGCCCCCCAAAAACCAGAGACUUUCAUGCUGAGCACCGAAGCCCAGCAAGCGUUGCCCCACGACGCUCAGGUCGCUCUUCAACAGGUUGAUAACCUGAAAUACUUCCUCAUCUCUGCUCCUGUCGAUUGGCAACCCGAUCAGUACAUUCGCAGAUUCCUCCUCCCCACGGGCGAGUACGUGUCCUGCGUUCUCUGGAACAACCUUUUCCACAUCUCCGGAACCGACAUCGUCAGAUGCCUCUCCUUCAGAUUCCAGGCUUUCGGCCGGCCAGUGAAGAACUCCAAGAAGUUCGAGGAGGGCAUCUUCUCCGACCUGAGAAACCUGAAGUCGGGGACCGAUGCGUCGCUUGAGGAGCCCAAGAGCCCCUUCCUCGACUUCCUCUACAAGAACAACUGCAUUCGUACGCAAAAGAAGCAGAAGGUCUUCUACUGGUACAGCGUACCCCACGACAGACUCUUCCUCGACGCCCUCGAGCGGGAUCUGAAGCGCGAGAAGAUGGGUCAGGAGGCCACCACCGUUGCCGUCAGCGAGCCUGCUCUGUCAUUCCAGUACGACUCGUCUCAGUCGCUCUACGAGCAGCUCACCAAGGCCCAGCAGGCCAACUCCUCAUCUUUCAACGCUCAGCAGGUCACCUUCUCUCAGUCCCAGUCCACCUCGCCAAUCAUGAGGCCCAUGGACAACAUGCCGCCCCCGCAGAUGAUUCCUCAAUCGGUUGCUCCUAUGCAGGAUGGUAUGGAAUCGAUGGUGCCGUACGGAGCGAUGGGCAUGCCCCAGCAGAUGCCUCCCCAGCAGAUGGUCAAGCGGGAACCCGAUUUCGCUCGCGUCCAGUACAACCAGAACGGUGUCCCCAUCACCCAGGGUCACCAGAGACACGCGUCGAUGCCCGCCUACGGCCUCGAGUACUCUCCCGCCCCGUCAUUCGUCUCUUCUCAGUACGAGGACUACAGCAACCGGGGUAUUUCCUUCGAGCCCAUCACCCCUCCCCAGCAGGCCUUGGGCAUGGCCGCCGAGCCCGCCUACAUCGCCAACGAGGAGACCGGCCUGUACACGGCCAUCCCCGAUCACAUGGGCGGCAACGUCAACGGCCUCAACGGCAUGAUCCAGCUCCCCCCCUCCAACCUCGCCGGCCCUCAGUUCUCGAGAGCUUACGGCUCCAACAACGUCUACUCUGUGAUUGAAGGAUCCCCGACCUACAAGCAGAGGAGGCGGCGUUCAUCCAUCCCGCCGUCAAUGUCAGCCAUUGCCGCUGCCACUGCCCAAGCGCAGGCACAGGCUGCCGCUCAGCAACAGCAGCACCAACAACACCAACAGCAGCACAGACCCUCGGAUCUCCGGCGGUCGGUCUCUGCAUCCGUCGGUCCUGUGGCUGAAGGCGACGAAUCUGCAGACAACUCCCCGCCCGGCCUUGCCUACAGCAGCUCCGCCAUGUCCAUGGUAAGCCAUCAGCACAAGGAGAUGCUGGACCUGUCCCGGCACGGCACUCCGCUGUCCACUGUCGAGGGCAGCCCCGCUCUCAACCCCAUGUCCCUCCAGCAGCAAGACUACUCCCACCUCCAACACGAUGACAUGUCCGGUGAUGGUUCUAUGAACGGUGCUCCCCGGGCUGGCAUGCAAGGCCCCAACGGCGUCGUUCGCAGAGCUCGCUCCGCGACUGUCAUGGAACUUGGUCCCUACCCCCAGAAGUCCCACUCCUGCCCUAUUCCCACGUGUGGUCGUCUCUUCAAGAGAUUAGAGCACCUCAAGAGACACGUGAGAACACAUACACAAGAAAGACCCUACAUCUGCCCUUAUUGUAGCAAGGCAUUCUCCAGAUCAGACAACCUAGCACAACACAAGCGUACUCAUGACCGUGGUGAGAACGGCGAGGCUGCUCUCAACUUCUCGGGCGAGGAGGAGGAAGAGUACUCUGGCGAGGACCAGCUCGGUUCCCUCGAGGAGGCAUCCCCCAACUCUGAGAACGCCUACGUUACCGCUUCGCUCAAUGGUGUUGCCAAUGGCUCGACACCGCCGACGUCGAACGGCAUGCAAUCGUUCAACAGCUUGCAGACGCUCAGCAUGCCGAUGACAAUCAGCCAACCGGCAGUGAACGCGAGCGCCAUCAUGUGAGAGACGACACCUCACGAGCUUCGGCUCUCGUUACGACUGGAGUUGCGUUUCCUUCGACACGGUGUUACUUAGAGGGCGGCAUGGCUAUGACAAAGGUUCGGAA